CAUACAAAGUAACAAAGAUAUGACUUUAUCUUAAUUUUGAUAAAAUCUCUAUUCUCAAUCGAAUGAUUUGUAAUUUGUAUUGAUUAGUUACCAAGUUAUCGAGAUUUAAUGAUGAUGUGUAUAUUUAAGUGUACAUUUUUAUUUUUUCUACUAUGCUCGAUAGGAGUCCAUGCAGACAAUUGUACAGAAAAUUUGAAUUGUGCGGAAACUCAGAUUUGUGUCAAUGGUACUUGUCAAUGUGAUAUUUUAUCUUAUUCCAAAGAAGAUAACCCAAAGAAUUGCUUGCAAUAUGCAACCGAAUAUAAUGGAUACUGCCAAGAAACAAAGCAAUGCGAAUGGUUAGGAGAUAAUUCAGUUUGCUUCAAUACGAGUUAUGUCUGUACUUGCGAACCAGGGUAUAGAUGGUAUCGAGGAAAAUGUGAACACUUCGUUGGUAAAGGUGAAGCAUGUGGUUCAUCCUCUGCCUGUUUUGAUGGAAUGGAUCCUUUGGCGUUAACGUGCGACAAUAAUAAAUGUGUCUGCAGUGAUAAUUAUUAUGACCGAGGAUCUGACUGUAGGAUAAAAUCAGAUGAACACAAAGCAUGCGCAAUAAACAGAGACUGCGAUCCCACUCAACAACAUGGACUAAUUUGUCAUCUGGGUAUUUGUACGAACCCAAACAAAUUAGGAGACGAUACAAUGCUGAUGACAGACGAAGAAAGUUACGACGAAUUUGGACCUCUCGAACAAUUGUUGAUCCAGAACAAUGAUAAAAGAACUGAUGAAUGUGAAAGGGAUUUAGAUUGCAGUUACAUGGCAAAUUCUAUAUGUGAUGGUACAACAAAAAACUGCCGUUGCAAAAAUGGGAAUUACUUUACUUUUGAAGGCAACUGUUUACCAGGAUUCAGCGCUUGUGAUACGCAGAACGAUAUCUGUGCAAAUGAUCAAAAAAAUAGCUAUUGCUUUGGGAAAAGUUUGAAUGGAACCCAAGGCGUUUGUAUCUGUAAGCCAGGAUAUUUCUUUUACAAAAAACAGUGUGUUCCUGAACUUGGCGUACCAGAUCCUGAUUUACAGAAGGAUACUGACUGUAAAAUUCGACCAGGAAAAGUAUUCGAUGGUGCCUGUUAUUGCAAAGACUAUUGGUUUGGAGAUAGAAGCAAUAGAAAUUGUAUUAAAACAACGCUGCAGCAGACCUACAGUUGUUUAACGAACGACUGGUGUAAUGCAAUGGGUCCAUACUCGUACUGCAACUCCAGUAAUUUGUGCCAAUGUAGUAAUCCCCAAGAUUUUGACGAAGAGAACUUUUACUGCAAUGCCCCAGCCUUUGAUGUUGAGUGCUUGAGAGACUAUGAUUGUGCUAUUAACCAAAGAUGCGUGGACAACAACUGUACCUGUCUGGAGCAUUUUAUGACCAAAGAAGGAAAUGAAAAGAAAUGCUUUCCUGCUCUUGAAGGAUCAUGCGACACAUUCAACAAUUGCUUCGAAGAUGUUAUGGAAUGCAUGGGAGGUGUUUGUAAUUGUAUUUCAGACUAUAUAGGUUACGGGAGUACGUGUCUUAAAAUUGCCAACAAUUGGGAUGACAAUUGUACCGUUACAGCUCAGUGUAGAGAGUUUAAGUUCUCAGAGUGCUCAUCAAAAAGACAGAAAUGCGCAUGUAAGAAAAAGUACGUGCUCAAAUCGGAUGACAAAUGCUGGGAGGAGAAAAAUCAUGGUGAUCCCUGCAUGACGAGCGAGCAAUGUACAGUGGUACUAGACGAUUCUUAUCAAUGUAGGAAUAACAAAUGUCUUUUUCCAAUUGGACAAGAUGUGGACAGUGGCUCUCCAGUACUCACUUUCUCCAGCACCAUGUUGUCCUUAUGUACAAUAUCAAGUUUAUAUCUCAUAGGAAUUAUAGUUUAAAAAUUGAAUAGAUACAUUAAGGACACCAUAGGUAAUUUGAAUAGCUUUUUUGUACAUUUUUGUACGAUUUUAAAUUUUUAUAUCUAUACUUACAUAUUUAUGUGUUUUAAUUUUGUACAAAUGUAUUGUUCAAAUACUUUUGUGGAAUGUUAAAUAAAGUUAAAGGAUGAACAACUUCA